UGUUGAAAAAUCUCUAGAAAAUGCUGCAUUAUUGGUCUACUUUUUAUUUAGGAUCCACUAGAAAAUUAUGGUGCUAAUCUCUCCACUACCAUCCAUGGAGGCGAUGCAGAUUUUCAUGAACUACUGGGUAGCAAGGAAUAUAGAGGCUAUGUAUAGAAAAAAAUAGUAGCGUGGCAAGCUAACAGCUCAGGUUGGGGACAGAUGUGUCUCGACUAUAGAAACAGAGAAGUACGAUAUAGGCAAAGAGAUGAGCAACGCAAGCUACAUCUGUAUAGUUAAUUACACACACAACACAAAUCCCCCUACCCAUCUCUUCCAGAUCUUAUUCCACGUGUGUAUUUCAGUCCUAAUCAUCUAGGUUCUCUUUGCAUGAGCCGGGACAGAACAUUCAACAUUUCUAUCAAUUUUGUAAAAUCCUUGGAUCAGUAUGCUCUAGCACAGUUUUUGAGUGGGAGGCAGACGGAAUGCCCUCAGGAUAUCAUAACUGCUUUGGAUAUUGUCCUCCGAGAGUCUGCCUCAAAUAAGUACGUUACAGUUUCAAGAUCAUUCUUUUCACAUCAGUUUGGGAAAAUGGAUAUGUCUGGAGGUUUAGAAUGUUGGAGGGGUUAUUUCCAAAGCAUUCGACCAACACAAAUGGGCUUAUCCUUGAAAUCCUUGAAUGCUGAUACCUCUGCAACACCUUUCUACAAGUCAAUGAGCAUAUUAACCUUUAUCUCGGGUUUUUAUAAUGAACGACAUACGCUUACAAGUUUAUCUGAUAGGGAACGUCAUGAGAUACAAAAGGCGUUGAAUGGAGUCCGGGUGGAAACAGUUCAUUUACCAAAUGUGCGUAGACGCUAUAGAAUCACAGGAAUUACAUCACAGUCUGCUAAAGAGUUGAUGUUCACUCUUGAUGAAACAGCGGGAACUAAAAUAUCUGUGGCCCAAUACUUUAGAACACAUUGCAAGUAUAAUCUUAGGCACGAUUCACUACCAUGCAUUAAAGCCGGUAGUGAUAGCAAGCCAAAAUACUUGCCACUAGAGGUAUGCCAAAUUGUGGAUGGACAGAGGUAUGUUAAGAAGUUAAAUGAAGUGCAAGUUAGUGAAAUACUAAAAGUAGCUUGUACGCCUCCAACUGAGAGGGAGGGGAAAAUUUUGGAGCUGGUCAGGAAAAAUAAUUAUGACAAUGAUCUAUUUGCAAAAAACUUUGGUAUUGGGGUUCAACCUAAUCUUAUCACAGUUGAAGCACGAGUGCUACAACCGCCAAGACUGAAGUAUCACGAUAGUGGCGCUGAGAAGGGCUGUCAACCCUUUGGGGGGAAAUGGAGUAUGAAUAAUAAGAAAGUGUUUCGAGGCGGUAGUGUUGAUGCUUGGGCAUGCAUAAGCUUUUCUCGUCAUUAUAAGAAUAUCGUUCAAGAUUUCUGCCAUGAGAUAGUCUUCGCGUGCAACCGCAUUGGAAUGGUUUUCAAUCAAAAUGCUUUGAUCAUCGAUUCAGGUCACCAUCAACGUAUAGAAAAUAGCAUACAUGAUUUUGUGAAAGCGUGUGCUAAGCCGCUUCAAUUGCUAGUUGUUAUUCUUCCAGAGGCUAAGGGUGCAUAUGGCAGGAUAAAAAAAUAUUGUGAUACUGAGCUUGGUAUUGUCACUCAGUGUUGCCAGUCAAAGCACCUAAACAAGCCAAAUAGACAAUACUUUGAAAAUUUAGCUUUGAAAAUCAAUGUGAAGGCUGGUGGCUGUAAUACUGUUCUUGAAGAUUCUGUCAGAGGUUCAAUCCCUGUCAUAUCCGAAGAGCCUUCUAUUAUAUUUGGAGCUGAUGUCACCCAUCCGGCCCCUGGAGAAGACUCUUCCUCCAUUGCUGCGGUGGUUGCAUCUAUGGAUUGGCCCUACGUAACAAAGUACAAAUGUCUUUUAUCUGCACAACAACGUACAAGAGAAAUUAUAGAGAAGCUCUAUACAAAGACUGACGAUGGAGUGCCUGGGGGAAUGAUAAGGGAGCUUCUUUUUGCGUUCCAUAAAGCGACAGGCCGUAAACCAAAUCGCAUCAUAUUCUACAGGGAUGGUGUUAGUGAAGGCCAAUUCAACAUUGUGCUUACAUCGGAACUGGAUGCUAUUCGAAGAGCUUGUGCCUCAAUACAAGAAGGAUAUCUUCCACCAACUACAUUUAUAGUGGUGCAGAAGAGACACCAUACUCGUUUAUUUCCUGAGAAUACAAAAAUGGCUGAUAGGAGCGGGAACAUUUUGCCAGGUACGGUAGUCGAUACAAAGAUUUGCCAUCCCAAUGAGUUCGACUUCUACCUUUGCAGUCAUGCUGGUAUUCAGGGCACAAGUCGUCCCGCUCAUUAUCAUGUUCUCCAUGAUGAAAACAAUUUUACUGCUGAUCAGUUGCAGUCGCUAACCAAUAACUUAUGCUACACAUAUGCCCGAUGCACGCGCUCUGUUUCUAUUGUUCCUCCUGCAUAUUAUGCGCAUCUUGCAGCAUUCCGGGCUCGAUAUUACAUAGAUACAGGGUCUGAAUAUGCAUCAAGUCAAGUCAGUGGAAAAACACGCCAACGAACUGCAACCGCUUCGGCAGCUACCACAUCAGCCGCACCCACAACUGGUCUCCCAGCUAUUCCAGAAAACGUCGCAAACGUGAUGUUUUACUGUUAGAAGAUGAGCAGCUCGAUGAAUUAAAAAAUAUGGGAGAUUUGCAUGCAUAUCACAACAUUUUACAUAUUUACGUAUAAAC